GAGGUCUCAGUUGAUCCCUGGGUGUUGGAACGAGAGCAACAGAGCAAGGAAGCUUAUAACUGAGUGUAUGAGGUCUUAGAGUCACAUAGCGGGCAGCAGCGGUCCUCCAAACAGCAAAGGCAACAUGAUGCGAGCAGGAGCCGGCCAUUAUGUGGUGACCAGGCCAUUGUACUCUGAGGACUCAUUCAACGAGGAGCAUAAGAAGGUCUACAGGCAUCGCAAGACAAUUCUGGACCACGUCAAGCAGUACUUCAGAUGUGACUCCAAACGGGCCAAAAACGCAGCUCUCUCUCUGCUGCCGAUCAUCGGCUGGAUGAAAAUCUACAGAUUCAAAGAGUGGCUGCUCAGUGACAUCGUGUCUGGUGUCAGCACAGGACUGGUGGCUGUCCUGCAAGGUCUUGCCUACUGCUUGCUGGCCUCUCUGCCUCCCUGGUAUGGACUCUUUGCUGCCUUCUUUCCAAUCAUCACCUACUUUUUCUUGGGCACCUCUCGUCACAUCUCAGUGGGUCCUUUUCCAGUCUUGUGUCUGAUGAUUGGCUCGGUGGUAACUAGGCUCAUCCCAGACGAAGGGCCAGCUGCCAACAUCACAGGGUUUACAAGUCUGACUGUAGACGAGCAGAGAGUGUUGGUGGCCUCCUCUGUGACCUUCCUCGUUGGCAUCAUGCAGCUGGCAAUGGGAGUCCUACAGGUGGGCUUCGUGGUCAUGUACCUGUCUGACACCCUGGUCUCUGGGUUCACCACAGCUGCUGCCAUCCAUAUCCUUGUAUCUCAGUUAAAGUUUGUGUUGGGGCUCCAGGUUCCUGGCAUCAGUGGACCCCUCUCCCUUAUAUAUACUCUGGAGAUCAUCUUCAAGAAGAUCACGUCCAGCAACGUGUGUGACAUUGUGAUCUCCCUCGUGAUCAUGGUGGUGGUGUUUCUUGUGAAAGAGCUGAAUGACAGAUACAAAUCUAAACUGCCCGUUCCCAUCCCGAUAGAGGUUAUCAUGACUGUUAUUACUUGUGGAGUUUCUUAUGCGUUUGACUUCAAGACCAGAUUUGGCAUUGACAUUGUUGGAAAAAUUCCCCGAGGAUACGAGCCUCCAGUCGCCCCAAACCUUCAGGUCUUCCAGCACACGGCGAUGGAAGCUUUCCCAAUGGCUAUAGUGGGUUUUGCUGUGGCCUUCUCUGUGGCAAAAGUCUAUUCUAUAAAACAUGAUUACACAAUAGAUGGAAACCAGGAGCUGAUCGCCUUCGGAGUUAGCAAUAUCUUUGGAGCGUCCUUCAAGGCCUUUGCAGCGAGUACAGCGCUUUCCAGGAGUGCAGUGCAAGAAAGUACAGGAGGAAAAACUCAGAUCGCUGGUUUACUGUCAGCUAUUAUAGUGAUGAUUGUCACUUUGGCUAUUGGAUUUCUUCUCGAGCCUUUACCAAAGUCUGUGCUGGGGGCCGUGGUCAUCAUCAACCUGAAGGGUAUGCUGAUGCAGUUCAAUGAAAUUCCUUACCUCUGGAGGAGAGACAGGCCAGAUUGUGUGGUGUGGAUGAUCACCUGCGGAGCAUCCAUCCUCCUGGGGCUGGAUCUUGGAUUGGCUGUUGGUCUUGGUGUGGAGUUGAUCUGCGUCGUCCUCCGGGUUCAGUUCCCUCGCUGCAGUGUGCUAGCCAACAUUGAGGGGACAGAUAUUUACAAAGACAGGAAGGACUACAUCUGUAUAAAUGAACCAGAGGGGGUGAAGAUCUUCAGAAUCCCGUCCCCAAUCUUCUUCGCCAACAUGGACUUCUUUAGGAACAAGCUAGUGGAAUCUCUUGGCUUCAAUCCUCUGAGAGUGUUGAAAAAAAGAAACAAAGCUCUGAGUAGGAUCCGGAAACUUCUGAAGAAAGGCGACCUGCAGUGGACGUCGAAAGGGUUCAUGAACACAACAAACAGCUCCCUUACGGACCCGUUAGAAGACAGUGACAAUGAGGAGCUGGACAAACCCAUCGACUUCAAGGACCUUCCCAUCCGCAUCGACUGGAACGCCGAACUUCCUGCCAACAUGGUGGUUCCCAGGGUGGACAUCCACAGCCUGGUGCUGGACUUCGCUGCCGUCUCCUUUCUGGACAUAUCUGGGCUGAAGGGACUCAAAACCCUGCUGAAAGAACUGGUCCGUGUUGAAGUUGAGGUCUACAUCGUAGCUUGUGAUCCGUACAUCCUGGAGAAACUCCACAGCUGUUGCUUCUUUGAUGAGGAGGUUCAGCCCUCCAUGUUCUUCCUAACGCUGCACGACGCCAUGCUGCACAUUUUGGAGAAACAUCCAGAGACGACAGUAAGGAAAGCAGACCAGAUACUAACAACAGUGACAGUCCAUCAUCCGAGCCGCAGUCUGAGGAGCAGAGAUAAAAAUGGUCCAGUGCCAGCUGGAGAGACCAAGUUCUAACCGGGACAAAAGAUGAAAUCAAUAAACGAAACGGCAAAAAGAAAAGAAGACUACCGUAUUUUCCGCACUAUAAGGCGCACCUUCAAUGAAUGGCCUAUUUUAAAACUUU